AUGACUGAAUUGUCAGAAUUAUCAGUCUCAGCAACAACUGAUACAACAUCUGCACAAUCAAUUAAAUUAAAUGAACAAUUAAUUCAUAAUGCUGCUGUAGAAAGUGAAUUAGAACGACGUCAAAUUGCAUGUGCAAAUACAUUUUGGUCUCAACAUAACCAACUUUCAACAUUUUUAAAUAAUACUGAAAAAGAAACAACACAAAUUCGUCCACGUUUAACAUCACGUAAACAUAUUGAACAUGAAAAAGAUAAAUAUAAUAAAUUAGCUAAUGACUUUUCUAUAAAUCAAAUCAAAUUUCAAGAAAUUCUUGAACAACAUAGUUCAUAUUUAUUAACAUUAAUUUCAAAUAAUCUCGAAGAAAGUGAAGAUAUUCAACGUAGUUUAAAUGAAUUAGAACAAGAAUGGAAUCGUAUAUAA